AUGCUCGCCAAAUGGUGGUGGAGAGAGCGUACGCAAGUACAGGCAACUUGGAACGCGGUUGUGAGUCUCUGUAAUUCGUCGCAAUUCGUAUCUAGUAAUAGCAGAGGCAGAAGAACUGUUUGGAGCAAUAUAAAAAGCAUCGAAACGGACCUGGGUGAUAUCGGGAUCAACAUUAAUAGUCUUAUGAUCAACACGCUGGAUAGGAGUGGAUGGUCUUGGUUGCUGGAGGCAAACAAUAUAUUCUCUGUUAGAUCUCUUAGGAGAUUGAUUGACUGUGUUAUGYUUCCUUCUAUGGAACAGGAAACUGAAUGGCUUAAGUGGAUACCCAACAAAGCUAAUAUUCACUUAUGGAGAACGCUCAACAAUCAGUUAGCGACCAGGGAUAAUCUUGUGAAACGGGGAGUGACUUGCAGCUCUGAUGAGUGCCCGAUAUGCUUGGUAACGAUGGAGAACCUGGAUCAUGUAUUUGCGACUUGUUCUACGGCAAAAGUCAUUAACGCGCAUAUGGCUUCCUGGGUGAACUGGUGGCCGGCGACUGAGAAUUCGGUUCGGGACAUGUGGUCGGUGGUCUGCGAGUAUGGAGAUAGUUGUAGAAGAGAGGUGGGCAAGGUGAUUAUGGCAGCUUAUUUUUGGACUGUUUGGACUCAAAGGAAUCACAAGACGUUUAGGGGCAAAAACAAGUCUGACAAGGAAGCUUGUAGUGAUAUUCAGAUCACUGUGUAUGAGUGGAUUAGAUGUAGAGCGAGGAUUAGCAAGUCUUUUAGUUGGGAGUGUUGGACUUGUAACCCGAUUGACGCCAUGAACUCUCUUUGUAACUAG